AUGGAUGAAAAGGUAGCUGCCGAGGCAGAGCCUCUGCUUCGAGAACGUCCUAAACGACGACGAGUGUCAAUAUUUGCUCCAGUCCUUGCUCUUUUGGCCGGUGCUGCGUUGAUCGCCUUCUUCGAACGCCGUCCUGAGUCGAGACUGGAUAAGAUUGACCAUGAGUCUGAGCCGGAGCCAUGGAGCUGGAACGACCUGGAGCCCAGCCAAGACCUCAAGUGGGAGACAUGUUAUACCAAAUUUGAGUGUGCCAGACUUGAUGUUCCUAUGGAUUGGCUCGAGCCUUCAGACAAGAAGCGUGUCGUAGUUGGUGUCAUCAAGUUACCGGCAAAGUCCAAAGACAACCCUGUUUCUCCAGUCUUUGUCAACCCCGGUGGCCCUGGCGGCUCUGGAGUGAGCUUCCUCAAGAAGUCUGGUCCUCUCCUGCAGAAGAUUGUAGGCGAUAACCAUGACAUUAUCAGCUUCGACCCUCGAGGAGUCGGCGUCUCUACACCUCGCGUAGAAUGCUGGGGUUCAGCCCAAAGGCGCAACCUCUGGACUCUUCAGGAAACCCCCAUCGUCGACGAGCGCCCAGGCCUCAUCUACGAUGCCUACGCCCGUGCUUCGGCCUACUCUGGCGCCUGCGAGAUCGCCAUGGAGGAGACGGGCAUCAAUGCCCACCUCGGCACCGCAUCCAUUGCGAGGGACAUGCUCGAGAUCCUCGACAAGACGGGCCAUGAGAAGCUCCGAUAUUGGGGAUUCAGCUAUGGUACUAUUCUUGGAGGUGUUUUUGCUGGGCUGUUUCCUGAGCGUGUUGAAAGACUAGUCAGCGAUGGGAACGUCGACUAUCACGACUGGUUCAACCUGGACCACGGCAGAUUCAUGUCCGAUGCCGACGCAAUCUUUGACGCCUUCGACAAGGCCUGCCACAAGGUCGGCCCCGAAGCAUGCGCCUUCUACGCCGAAACGCCAGAGGCCGUUCAGCAACGCCGGAUCAACCUCCUUGAACGUCUCAAGGCCUCUCCCGUUCUCAUCCCAGCGUGGUCUCACCCUUCGGGACCUGACCUGCCGCGGCUGGUCACCUACUCGGAUGUUCAGCGGCUUACCCAGCGAUGCAUCUACUCACCGCUCGUCAAGUUCCCCCAGUUGGCCAAGAUCUAUGCCUCCCUCGAGGGAGGUGACGGAGGGCCCUUUUAUGACAUGUUGAUGGCGAGCGGUGGCGGCGCACUCGAGUCCAGCAAGAUGUGCUCCCUGGGCGAUACUCCUUCCACAAGCCCCCUGGAGACGGCCAUGGAACUGGACGCCUUCCCAACCAUCAUGUGUCUCGAUGCCGCAGCCGUUGAAAAGACACCAGAGGAAUUCGAGGCCUAUCUCGAACGAGUCAAGAGCAUCAGUCGUUGGGCGGGCGCCUUCAAUAUCAAUUUCCAUCUGGCCUGCGUGGGGAGAAAGACGAGGCCCAAGUGGCGCUUCUCAGAGAAGGAUAUCAAGACCGACACUGCUCAUCCUAUCUUGUUCAUCGGAAACAUGGCCGACAACGUGACGCCCCUGCAGAGCGCCUUCAACAACUCGGCCAGGUUCCCCAGCUCAGUCGUCCUCAAGCAAAACUCGUACGGGCACUGCUCGCUCGCCGCACCGUCGACCUGCACCGUCCGUCACAUCCGCAAGUACUUCCAGGACGGCACGCUCCCGGCGGCUGGUUCCGAGUGUGACCCUGACUAUGACCUGUUUGAGAUGCCAGCUAAGGGGGAGGAGGUGACGAGCUUGGAUGAGCUCACGGCGGCAGUUCUAGAGUUGGUGCGUGAGGUUGAUAUUCCCAAGGGUAUCUGGUAG